UAGCCGGUCCUUGAUGAACCCGACAACAUACAAUCCUUGCGCCCUUACACUUUGUAUCUCCAAAAGGCCUUGUCGCUAUUCAGCUAGAGAUCCAAGAUUAAGACAAUCUUCAAGAGAAAUCAGGAUUUCUUCAACGUAGAAAGUCUGUCCGGGUGACAAACCCAAAUUCGGUAGAAAUCAACGUUCCUUAGAGGAGUGAAUUAGAGCACUUAAGUACGUACUUAGACCCGUACUUAAAACAAGCUCGCGUUAAAAACUAAUGGACUCGCAAAGAGCCCAGGCAAAUGGAAUUCCAGGGAAAGAGAAAGUAUUCAAGUAUGAACAAAAAGUACCGUCUGAAGAGGAGAAGACUACGUCUCCAUUGCUUUACAAAGCUGACAACAUUAAGUAUAUAGAUGCGGUGGAUGACGAGAAGUUGAACAAUGACGACAAACGUGAUAGAGAUCUAAAUACUGUAAAUUCUAUGAAAACGAAUAAUGUUACAGACAGUUUGGCUGUGUCCUAUACUAAGAAUGAUAAAGAUGAAGAUGCGGUGUCUACAAAUGAAGGAGUUAAGUUCUUGGGGUUGGGCGAUACGGAUAGUAUUUGCUCGAGCAGGCCGCCCGAAGAGCAAGGCCCACAGAUACCUGACGGUGGUUGGGGAUGGGUAGUCGUAAUUGCGUCAUUCUUGAUCGCGACCGUCGCUGACGGUUUAGCCUUCUCGUAUGGAUUAAUCAACGAAAAGUGGGUGAAGCACUUUAAUACGACCGAAGCCAAGGUUUCUCUGAUCGGAAGUUUGUUCAUAUCCGUCCCGCUGAUAGCUGGACCUAUAAUGAGUGCCCUCGUAGAUCGAUAUGGAUGCAGAAAAAUGACUAUGUUAGGAGGCGUAGCCUCUACUAUUGGAUUUGUAGCUGCAGCAGUUAGUGACUCUGUGGGAGUUCUGUAUGUGACUUAUGGUCUCAUGGCAGGUCUAGGAAUGGGGCUCUUGUACGUCACCGCUGUUGUAUCCAUAGCGUAUUGGUUCGAGAAGCGAAGAAAUCUGGCUGUUGGACUUGGCUCCUGCGGUGUUGGGUUUGGAACAUUCAUCUACUCACCGCUGACAACGUUUCUAUUAGACUACUAUGGAUGGAGAGGAACACUCCUUAUAUUGGCUGGCACAGUACUUAAUGUGUGCGUAUGUGGUGCUAUCAUGAGAGACCCUGAAUGGUUGAUUGAGGAACAGAAGAAAAAUAGAAAAUUAAGUAAAGCAAAAAGAGCGUCGAGUUCAAUAUCGAUUUCUGCUAAAUCUGCAAAAUCAUGCGGCGGCGAGUCAGUAUAUCCUGGUACAGAAGAGUUGAAAUCAUUGAUGAAAAGUGGGGAGACACCGGAGUAUAUACUAACAGCGCUAGUAGCAUCAAUAGCGGAAGCGGAACAAGUGGAAGCGACGACCAAAAUGAAUGCUGAUCUAUCACAAGCCAACAAAGUUAGCUCUGUCAUAAAUUUGCCAACAUUCUUACGACAGAGUGAGAAGGUUCCAGUAGAAGUUCUAGAUCAACUGUCAACGAAUAAACGUCUAUACAAUAUCAUAUUACAAAACUAUCCAUCACUUCUCGCUUUAAGAAGCAACUCUGAGCAGAAGCUUCCAAUCGAGCCGGCUACAGACGUUUCUAAAAACAAGCCAAUUAAAAUGUCAAUGAAACUGAAAUUAAGUAAAAAAGAAAAAAAGAAGGAAUUUGAGUCAAAACUGGAUAUUGUAAGGGAGAAACUGUUACAACCUAUUCCAGAAAAUAAGCCCGCUAUUAUAGCUCCUAGAACUGACCGCCAGGAUUGGUGGAACUUGAAGACAGAUAAUCACUACUUAAGAGGUAUCAGAGUACAUCGUAAUUCCAUUAUGCACAGAGGUGCCAUGAUGAACAUUGCGAAAUACAAACUACGCGCGUCUUCAUGCCCUGAUAUUUAUAGAAAUUCCAUGUGGUCAAUGGAAGAACAGGAGAUUGACGGCUCCUGGGGAAGGCGCUUAAUCGACGCUUUGAACAAAACCUUCGACUUCAACAUGUUCACCGAGUUCCACUUCCUGAUGAUGAAUAUCUCCACCCUGGUGCUGUUUAUCUGGUUCAUCGUGCCGCUGUUCUACCUGCCCGGCUUCAUGGAGGAGACUGGGUACUCCACGUAUCAGGGCCCGGUGAUGCUGUCGGUGUUCGGUGUAGCCAAUAUUAUUGGUAUUGCGGGUCUCGGCUGGAUGGGUGACUUACCAUGGGUAAACAUCACGAAAACCUACGCGCUGUGCCUCAUCUUCUGCGGAGUCUCAAUCAUCAUGUUCCCCGUCCUCAUACGCAUCAUGGACCCGUUGGCGCCGCACAGCUUCUACAUAAUAGCGGUGAACGUCGUGAUAUUCGGGCUGACGUUCUCGAGCUCCUACUCGUAUACGCCGAGUAUUUUGGUGGAGCUGAUCGCCCUGGAGAGGUUUACUAUGGCGUAUGGACUGGUGCUGCUGAGUCAGGGGUUGGGGCAUCUUGUUGGACCACCUAUGGCUGGUGGCUUGAAAGACAAGACCGGCUACUGGGACGCCGCAUUCUAUGUCGCCGGCGUCUGGGUGAUCAUCUCUGGCAUCCUGGUCGGUGUGAUUCCUUACACUAAGAACUUCCGUAUUUGCGGCAACGCUCCGCUGGCGAAAGAUGUUGCUUCGGAACCUGAUCCAGGUGUUAGGAUCAUUGUGCAUUAAAUGAAGAGUGAAAACAUGCGUGGAGGGUCUGCCAUCUUGUAACUUGAAGAGACAACUUAAACUUGUCAUGCCAAUAAACAGG